CUUCGCGCAUGCGUGGAUUGGUCGGAUACAAAGAUGGCGUUUGACGAAGAAGGCCUAAACGUGCGCGUUAUAGUUCUGUAUUUUUAAUCAGUGCGUACAUGUGCACAUAUAUGUCGUUUAAUAAAGUAAACAUCGUUAAUAAUUGUUUGUAUUCGGAUACAAUAGUCUGAGCGCGUUUAACGCUUCUCGUGCUUGCUAUCUAGCUUAGCUCGCUAGUUAGCUUAGCUUGUUAGCUGCUAACAACGAGACGCGGACGUUAUCAACACAUCGCCAAGUAGAGAUCAAAUGUGAGUGUAAAGUGUUGUGAUUGUGUGAAAAUGUGCGAAAGAACGAUAGCAAAGUAUGAGGAGGAACUUUGUCCAACAAAAGAGGAGAACGAGCGAAAACAUCAACUUAUGGACGCUGUUUUCAAGAAACAUCAAGUUGUGUUGCACAGAAGAGACGUCUGUGAAGAACAUCUUCUACCUGAGGAAGAGGAAGACUCACUGACCUCCCACUUUAAAGAGGAAGAGGAGGAACACAGCAUCAGUCAGGGGGGAGAGCAGCUUGACUGGUUGGAGGAGUUCCCAGUGAUUCGUGUUAUUGUGAAGGGUGAAGAUGAUGAGGUCAAAGGUGAAAGUGAGGAGAAGAGAGAGGCGGAGUCUCCAAGCAGCAGCUCAACUCAACACAUGACAACAGAAGCUUAUGGAGACCACUGUGGAGGAUCACGAGCAGACACGCUCUUAGCUCCACUAUCAGAUAGUGAGGACACAACGUCACACUCUCCUGACACUGAUGAUGAUGACUCUAAAGAUGAUAAGACAUGUCACACUGACAACACUCACUUGAAUUGUUCUCACUGUGACAAAACCUUUAAAUACCAUUGUUAUCUGAAAAUACACAUGAGAACACACACUGGAGAAAAACCUUUUACCUGCUCAAUCUGUGGUAAAGGUUUUGCACAAAGUCAGUGUUUGAAAAGACACACGAGAAGACACACUGGAAUAACCCCUUUUACCUGUUCAGUCUGUGGUAAAGGUUUAGUAACGAGUCAAAAUUUGAAAUAUCACAUGAGGAUACACACCAGAGAAACACCUUUUAUCUGUUCAAUCUGUGGUAAAGGUUUCGUACAAAAUCAAUGUUUGAAAAGACACAUGAGAAGACACACUGUGGAAAAAAACCCUUUUACCUGUUCAGAAUGUGGUAAAGGUUUUGUACGAAAACAAGGCUUGGACGCACACGUGAGAACACACACUGGAGAAAAACCUUUUAUCUGUUCAAUCUGUGGUAAAAGUUUAGUAACAAGUCAAAACUUGAAAUUUCACAUGAGGAUACACACUGGAGAAAAACCUUUUGUCUGUUCAAUCUGUCGGAAAGGGUAUGCACAAAGUCAGUGUUUGAAAAGACACAUGAGAAUACACAGUGAAGAAAGCCCCUUUACCUGUUCAGUCUGUAGUAAAGGUUUUGUACGAAAUCACAGUUUAAAAGCACACAUGAGGAUACACACUGGAGAAAAACCUUUUACUUGUUCAAUCUGCGGUAAAGGUUUUGCUCAAAGACAAUCUUUGAAUGUACACAUGAGAAUACAUACUGGAGAAAAACCCUUUAUCUGUUCAAUCUGCAGUAAAAGUUUUGCGCAAAAAAGCAGUUUGAUGGUGCACAUGAAAGUACACACUGGAGAAAAACCUUUUACCUGUUCAAUCUGUAGUAAAGGUUAUGUACAAAGUAACAAUUUGAAACUGCACAUGGCAACACACACUGGUGAAGAAUCUCAUUCCUGUUAAAGCUGCAACAGAAGCUUUUGUAAUCGAUCAUUCUUUGUAGCACACACAAGAACACACACAGGAGAGAACGUGUUGAGUUGCAGUGUGUGUGGUGAAGUAUUCUCUUAUAUGUACCUGUGUAAGACACAAUUGUGCUGGUGAAAACAGCAGCAGCAAAUGAAGCUGCAGUAUUUGAAAUAAACUGUCAAAGCUUAAUUUUUGACUUCCUAACCACAUUAGCACAUAUAACGUGUGAUCGUUGAAAACUGUUGUGUGUAACGCAAUCUUGUUAAUAUGCUUCUACCAUUCAUUGGUUGGCUACUUUAGAUUAGUGUAGGGUAGUUUAAUUUUUGAAAUAAUGACGUGUUACAUGUUGUCAGAAGAUAAAGUCCUUUGUUUUACAUUUUAUUUUAUACCUUCAUCUUCUGGACCACUUCAGGAAGCAUAUUAUUUACUUUAUACAUACUUUGAACAGUUGUCUUUUAUACAAUUUCAAAAUGUGUGACUUUAUGAAUCAUUUGUUGGGUCUCCAUAAUACAUUUUAUGAUUUUUUUUACUCUCUUUUGUAACAUGAAUAUUGUGUUGUGAUUGUUUUAUAUGUAUGUCCCCAGAUCUAUAUUCAAUAUAUAAAUGAGAGAAGAUGGCAGGAAUAUUUGUGGAAGGAUGGUUUUGUCUUCAAGAAUCUACA